AUGUUGGUGAACCUGGGACGAUACCAUCGAGCCAUCUUUUUGGAAGAUGUGAAUGCGGUCCCAACCCCGGCGCGAGGUGUGACCUGUGAUUUGGAUGUUGGAAAGACGAACCCCGUCGCACAACGUCCCCGAUCUGUUGCACCACACUUAUCGAUCAAAGUGUAUGAAUUACAGAAGAAACUUUUGAAAACCCGACUCAUCGAGCAUUCAGAAUCAUCAUGGGCAUCUCACCCAUUACCCGACAAGAAAAAUGGUGUGGAUAUACGAAUGUGUGUCGACUACCGAAUUGUCAAUGGAUUCAUUACGUUGUCGAAUUAUCCUCUACCAUUGAUAGAUGACCAACUGGUUGGAUUUGAGGAUGUCAUGUGGUUUAUGAGUUUGGAUAUGGCGAGUGGCUUUUGGGCGGUUAAGAUGGCUGAAAGGGCAAAGUUGAUAUCGGCGUUUGUCUGUCCAUUUGGACACUUCCAAUAG